AUGUUAUCUGAGGAGGCGGAUGAUUGCUGGGUGACUACUAGGACUGAAUUGGAUGGUGAUGGUGUAGCGAUCACGUGGGCUGUGUUCAGGCGAGAAUUUAUGAGGAAGUACUUUCCUGAAGAUGUUCGAGGAAGAAAAAAGAUCGAAUUCUUGGAGCUGAAGCAAGGUAGUAUGAUGGUUCCUGAGUAUGCUUCCAAAUUUGUUGAGCUGGCGAAGUACUAUACUCACUACAACAAUGAGGAAGCUAGAGAAUUCUCAAAGAGCAUUAAGUUUUAUAAUGGUCUCCGUAAUGAAAUUAAGCAAGGUAUCAGAUAUCAGAGGAUUCGUCAAUUUAUUAACUUGGUGGAUUGCAGUCGGAUCUUUGAAGAAGAUAACAUAAAGCCGAAGUCAUCUUAUUCUCGCGAGUUGGUUUACGAGAAGGGAAAAAAGCCGAUGGAUCGAGGUAAACCGUAUGGUAGAAGUAAUCCGAAAUUUAGCAGUUGGGAAGUCUAG